CUCCUUCUUUCCCGACAUCUCUUGUCAAGAACAAACAUCAACAAAAGUCGAUCUGGUCAGACAGUGAAUACUCUAUUUCGGUCUACUCGAACAACAAGACGAGCCUUCCUCUACUCUCUUUGUUAGCCUUGCCAACAUCAACCUCUUUAUCCGUACCAAGAAUUUCCUGGUAACUAUCAGAACAUCUGGACGCAAUCCAUCAAACGGCCUCAGCCACAACUCAAUACCACUCCCAAUACCUUCACCAACGAACAGUUUCCAACAUGUCUGACAUUGACCGCAAGACCGCCAAGGUCACCCUACGUGCCAAUGACAACUCCGAGCACCCGGUCGACCUCGAGGUCGCUGAGCGCUCUAUGCUCCUCAAAAACCUGAUCGAUGAUUUGACCCUCGAAGUCGCUACCACCACUCCCGUUCCCCUGCCCAAUGUCAGCGGCCCAGUGCUGGUCAAGAUCAUUGAGUGGUCUGAGCACCACCGCAACGACCCCCUUCCCUCCUCCGAAGAUGACAACGAGUCCCGCAAGAAGACUACCGAGAUCGACGAGUGGGACCAGAAGUUCAUGCAGGUUGACCAGGAGAUGCUCUUCGAGAUCAUCCUGGCCGCCAACUACAUGGACAUCAAGGCUCUUCUGGAUGUUGGUUGCAAGACUGUUGCCAACAUGAUCAAGGGCAAGUCUCCCGAGGAGAUCCGCAAGACGUUCAACAUCACCAACGACUUCACGCCCGAGGAGGAGGAGCAGAUCCGUCGCGAGAACGAGUGGGCUGAGGACCGCUGAACGAACUUUGUAGUCCUAGUCAGCCUUUUUUCAUCGUCCUAAUAUGCGGACAAUCCGGCCCUCUUCCCCCUCAGCAUGUUGCUCGGCGUUUGUGGUUCACUUAUGCUAGAUUCGGGGUCACGUUCACGGUAAUUUUGAUAUUCAGAAAACGGAAGGGCAUAGUAUCAGAUUGUGCCGGGUACGCGACUGCGAGGGACUUGAUGGGUUACAUGGUCCACACAUCUUUUAUCGAUCAAUACAUUUCUCUCGGUUCUUCAGUU